AUGAAUCGUAUGAAAGAAUAUCAAUUUAAUAAUAAAGUCUUAUUAUCAUUCAUUAUUAUAUUCAGUUUAUUUAUAUGUACUGCACUUCAUUUCACUUAUUGGAAUGUGGAUUUUACAAUGUAUUCACUAAGUACAAUGAAAUCCAUGGCAAAUCUUCAGUGGAUAAGCUCUAAACAUCCUGCAGGUGCUAAACCAUUUUUAAAAUUAAUGCUUACAGAGAUACUACCAACUAAUAUCAAUAAAGUUAUUGUACUUGACAAUGAUAUACUUCUUAACAUAGAUAUUAUUGAAUUAUGGAAUCACUUUGAAAAUUUCAAUGAAAUUCAGAGCAUAGGCAUUGGAUUAGAACAAAAUCCACAUUUUCAAGAUGUUAUGCCAAAAUUAGAAAGUAACUGGGAAGGUUACGGGUAUAAUAAUGGUGUACUAUUAUUCGAUUUGUCUAAAAUACGAUUAACUUUAUGGAAUGAACUAUGGAUAGUUAUAACGAGAAAUGCAUUGGAUACUCAAGGUUACUUGACAACUGGAGAGCAGGAUAUUUUAAACUUAAUAUUAUUCGAAUUCAAAUACAUUCUAUAUGAGAUUCCAUGUGAAUGGAAUAUUCAAUUAAGUGAAGGAAGUGAUGAACAACGAUGUCCUGUAAGUUGGUUAACUUAUACCGAAUUGAAAAAACGUAAUUAUUCAACAAUUUUUAAACAACCAAAGCUCAUUCAUAUUAAUCAUCUUAUUAAACCAAAUGAUAUAUUACUGAAUGAAAUCCCAAUUGAAUACAUUGAUUACUUGGAUAUUAUCCUUAAACGUAAGUAA